GACAGUUGACUUGAGUUGAUUUUUUGCAAUUCGUAUCAGCAAGAAAUAAUACUGUUAAUUAAAUUAUUAUUGGUAAUUAGUAAUCUUCUAUCAGUGUUUGUUGUGUUUGGUGCAUUGUUCUAUCCGUAUCGCAUUUAUAAUUCAUUUUGCAAUUGCAAUAUUUGUACUAUAUUUUCAGUUUGAUGUGCAAUCGUGUGCAAUGUAAUGUGAUAGGCUAGAAAUCUACCUGUAGGACCUGUCUUCGAUCAUGAAAUCAAGUAAACGAAGGCUUCAAGCGCUUACUGAGAGCUCCGAUGGAAUGCCAAAUUACCUUAAAAUGGAAGACUCUGAAACAUCGAUACCUCCUGUUUUUAGAUCGCGAUUACACGAACUAUUUUCGCAAAUAGAAAAAGAGUUUGACCUUCUGUACACAGAAAACUUAAACUUGCAAGAAAAAAUAGACAUACUAAGUGAGAAGUUGGAACGAGAAAGCUAUGUUGGAGAUAAACAAAACAUUGAUUAUAUUGAGUUUGAAACAACAGGAAAAAAUUCUAAAGUUAAAUUGUCACAAAAUAACUCUCAAAAAGUGAAGACAAGUCACAAACUGAAGGUUCAGACUAGUAAAAUAGUGUCUAGUUUUAAGGCACCCACAUACAACUGCCAGCUUGUUCGAGAGUUCUCAGGACACAAGGAUGGAAUUUGGGAUCUCUCUACUGCUCGUCCUGGACAGGCUUUAAUUGGGACUGCUUCUGCAGAUCACACAGCAUGUGUAUGGAGUGUGGAAUGGGGCAAAUGCCUCCUGCAGUACACUGGCCAUUCUGGCUCCGUAAACUCAAUCAGGUUUCACCCAACCAGAGAUAUUGCACUGACAAGCAGUGGGGAUAACACUGCACAUGUGUGGCAAGCGGCUGUUAACUGGGACUUGCCGCGUGGUCAGUCUUCUGAAGAGGAGCUAGAAGCGGGCGGAGAAGAAAGUUUAGGAGAUGGUGAUAGACCUGAAGUCCUUAGAACUCCUCUGUCUGAACUCUCUGGUCAUUCAGGCGUUGUAGUGGCUGCUGAUUGGUUGACGGGCGGGGAUCACGUCAUAACCGCCUCCUGGGAUAGGACGGCCAAUUUGUAUGACGUUGAAACAGGAGACUGUUUGCAAAUACUAACAGGUCACGACCACGAGCUAACACAUGCUUCGGCGCACCACAGUUCGCGGUUAGUGGUCACAGCAUCCCGAGACACCACCUUCAGGCUGUGGGAUUUCCGCGAGCCGAUACACUCAGUUUCUGUGUUUCAAGGACACACAGAAAGCGUUACCUCUGCAGUAUUUACGCGCGAAGAUAAAGUUGUCUCCGGAUCAGAUGAUCGAUCUGUCAAGGUAUGGGACGUGCGUAACAUGCGUUCGGCGCUCGCGACGAUUCGCUCGGACUCGUCGGUCAACCGCGUGGGCGUGAGCGGCAACGGCCUGAUCGCGAUCCCUCACGACAACCGGCAAGUGAGGAUCUUCGACCUGCAGGGUCAACGGCUGGCGAGGCUGCCCCGCUCCAGUCGACAGGGCCACCGUCGUAUGGUGACUUCGGUAGCGUGGGUCGAGGACAUGUCCUCGGGCAUCAACUUCUUCAGCUGCGGCUUCGAUCGGCGUAUCCUCGGCUGGUCCAUCCAACCUUCAAAGGAUAACUGAAUCACUAUUGCACGUAUGAGGCAUCCUUCUAAUAUAAAGACUAUCUGACUUGGUGGUCUACGUACCACAUACCUACCCAUGUUAUAUUACUAUUGUCUUUUCUUAAACCAACCCUGUAUUAGAAAACAAGACAAAACAUCAAAUAUUUCGAGACGUUUUUUAGUUAAAUUAUGAAUUAUACAUAAGAUUAUUUAUAUUCAAAGUAAAGAAAAAAGAAACUCUGCUGAGUUCAGGUAUUGCUAAUUUUAAUGCAAUAUAUUCAAAAAUAUGAUGUACCACAUUUGUCACUCGUUCCAUGACUCUGUGACUUCUUACAUUUUUUAUCACAUCCAGUAAGUUUCAACUGUUAUUUGAUACCACCUAUUCAACAUGGCAUGUCGAAACCAUUUACAGUGUGUCAAUGAAACUACAGUGGCCCUAGGCUCUAGAACGUGCGCCAAGAGAUAAUAGGCUAGUUAGCACUUUUUUAAAAGGGUCUAAAGUUGUUCAUUAGCAUUCUACUAGAUUGAAAAAAAAAAUAGUUUUUAUGAGACAUGAAUAUCUAAUGACAGGUACAUAUUGUCUAUAUUUUCUACAUAUCGCCUUCUUUUUCGUCCUAUCACGAUGAAAUAGACAGGGAUAUUUAACAAAAUAUCGCGCUGCCUUUUGUUACAAUAGGAUGACAGAGACAGCUUUAAGUAGACAUAUUUGUCUAGCUAUUUGACUCCUAAAUGUACGACCGGUCGUCCAUCGUAUCCGUUACGUGACAUGUAAAAAAAUAUAAAGUAAUGUAAGGGCAAUAGGCGAGCACAGUAUCAUGCUCCGCGCGAUAGAGGAAUAUAAAGAUUUUUUAAAUGGCUCACAGUCACAACGGUAGAUUAAAACCGCAUUCCCCGACUGUCGGCUUCUUCAACGCUGACGGGAUCAGCGAUAAAAUACUCGCGGGCCGCGAAUGGCUAGUUAUCGCCUGGACCUGUAACCAGGCGUCGAUUUUUUUUUCUACAAACACUAACAACGAUUCGAAAACUAAAAAAAAACAUACAUACAGCCGAACGUAGAACCUGCUCCUUUUUGGAAGUCGGUUAAAAAAAUGUAUGGGAAUGACAGGUCCGAUCGACAAUUUUUUUAAUUUUUGAAGCGUUAGCGUUUGUAGAAAGAAAAUCAAGAAGAAAGAAGAGAAUACAGGCCCUGGAACGUGGAGUUGUAGUUUUAUUCUUCUAAGUCUUAGGUUUCAUUGACACUAUAAGCGCAUUGUAAAAAUAGUAAUCUUAAUAAUUUAGAUAUACCAAAACAAAUGUGUGUGUGUGUUAUUUGUUGUUCAGUUUUCUGUAGAUGGGGAAAGGUUAGAGUACUGUUAUAAGUAUUACCAUGCAUGGCAAACAUUAACUAUCCUUCUUUCGCAUCGUCGCUGUGUAGCAAUAAAUGUAGAUAAAUGAUGUGCGUUCUUUUUUUUUUAAACAAUAUACAGGAUGUCCCGUAAUUAAUGGAUAAACCGCAAAUGGUCGAUAGUUUUGAAAAAAUCACUAGUUUGACUAAGUUAUAUGUUUCUUUUUCGGAUUUUUCAAAAUCUAGCAUCAGUUUUUUUUAAUGUUGUAGCUGCUGUAAUUAACCAAUCUAAACAAUAAAAGAUUUUUUAAAAUCAGUUCACAUAUGACGGAAAUAUCGCUAGAUAUAUAAAAAACAUACAUACAGCCGAACAUAGAACCUUCUCCUUUUUGGAAGUAGGUUAAAAAUGUAAAUAAAACUUAAGUACUCUUACUUAUCCAGGUCUGUAGACAAGUAUGUCUAAAUGCUCGUAUAUUCAAUGAAUCAAUAAUUCGAAAAAAUAUAUAUAACUUAAUCACCUUAUGAAUAUUUUCAAAACUAUUUAAAUUAGUUUUAGUUAAUAAGGUGGUGGUGGUAGUAAAUCUACCAUUUGCGUUUUAUCUAUUAAUUACGGGGCACUCUGUAUAUGAACUAUGUUUUGAGGUGUUAGGUAAAUUGAUAAAGAAAAUAUCGAAUCAAUAUCAUAUUAAAGUAACCCUGUCACUUGAAAUUUUCAAUGGUAUUGUUUAACCACUGAGUAUGUUUGACAUUAAAAAUAAACAGAAUGUGUAAUUUUAUUAUUAUUGUCGUGAGAAAAUAAUUAUUCAUCAUGUAAUAAUUAAUGAUUUUGAUUGUGAUUUUUAAUGUAAAUGUGUUUUCUUGUAAAUUUAGCGCAUCACUGUCCCAUAUUAAUAUUAAUUUUAACUAUAUUUGUAGGUCUAGGGCACGUCAGUUACGAAUGUUAUUUAAACGGGUACAUACCACGAUAAAAAGACGAGAUUUUUAAUUUCGAUAUUUCGACCCAGUUGCAUGGAUGACCACGAUCCAUGCAACUGGGUCGAAAUAUCGACAUUAAAAAUCUCGUCUUUUUAUCGUGGUAUGUACCCGUUUAAAUAACAUUCAUAAUGAACAACCACGAAAUAAGUUUAAAAUCAUUAGUUAACGUCAGUUACAUAUCUCGUGGCGUCAUUGUCGAGCAAACGAAUAAAUUAUUGGACGGAGGUCCUGGUUUCGAUUCCCGGCUGGACCGAUAGAGGUUUUCUUAAUUGGUCCAAGUCUGGCUGGUGGGAGGCUUCCAAGAGCAAAGACGUACCGCCAAGCGAUUUAGCGUUCCGGUACGAUGUCGUGUAGAAACCGAAAUGGGUGUGGAUUUUCAUCCUACUUCUAACAAGUUAGCCCGCUUCCAAUUUAAAAAAAAAUAUUGCAACCAACGAGCGAGUUAUAUAUUCGACUCCGCCGCUAUUGGUCGACAAUACGUUUCGUAUGUGACGAGUGUUGUGUGUGAUUACGUAAAAUAACAUUGUUAGCAAUUCAUGAUGAAUUUCUAACAUUGUUAAUUUGUCGUGAACUAAACUUCUAGUAGAAUUUCCGUAAGAUGAUUUAAACUCCAAAUCACUACCUACACCUAAGUUUAAAUGUUAAUUAUAUAACUUAAUAAAUAAUAAUAAUAACCUAUUUUCUUACAUUUUCACGGUAGUUCUACACAGUUUUAAUACUGCCGAGUGAAUAGAUGAUAGCACUCAGUAAUAAUGAAUCCGGUAGUUGAUUCUAUACCAAAUAAUAUCAAAAAUCAUUUAUUAAAUGCCUACAAGUAUUGUUGUAUGUCCUUCAUAGAAUUAAAGCUCGCUUAAUAAAAGAAUUUUUGGAUGUUAUAAAAAAAUAAUUAAAAAAGCCUUUUAUUCAUUGCAUAAAUUUUAUAUGAAUUCUCAUUAUUGUUGUAGUUCAGUCUGGUUAGUAAAACUUAAAUUGUCUAAGUCUUUUCCAAAGAUGCCCCUCGAAAUAUCGAAAUAUGGUUGUUUCAAUAUAUACCGAGUGGCACAAUUAUCCACCCACUUUAAUAUACUCGCGUCAUAAUAAAGUGGGCGGAUAAUUGUGACUCGUGAGUAUAUUUUUACUGCCGACGCCUUAAGCGUCCUAUUUACAGAUGGUCCCUAAUUAAUAGAUAAAACACAAAUGGUAGAUACCCCACCUAAUUUUCUAAAACUAAUUUGCAUAGUUUUGAAAAAAUCCCUAGGGUGACCAAGUCAUAUAAGUUUUUUUUGGAUUUUUUAAAUUUUUCUAACUUAAAUCAGUUUUUUUAAUGCUGUAGCUGCUGUAAUUAAGAUUUCUCAUUGUUGUUAACCAUUAUGGAUUUAAUUGUCGACGAAUAAAACUAUACUAUCUCUUAUAAAAACAAAUGAAAAAUUAUUUAUAAAAAUAGUAUCAUUAUACAUUAAAAAAUAAAAUCCGUAAUGUUUAACUAAAAUCUGAUCUUGUAAAUCUUGAGUACAGUUUUAAAAAAAUCCGAAAAUAAAUAAAUUACUUGGCUGCCGUAGGGAUUAUUUCAAAACUAUUCAAAUUAGUUUUAGAUAGUUAGUUGAUUUUUCUACCAUUUACGUUUAUUCCAUUAAUUACUUGUCUUACGCAAUAUGGCGGUAAAGUUGACACACACGGUCAAGUUUCGUAGAUUGCCACGCUCGAGUUGUGUAGUCUAUGAUUGGCUGAUUAAGCAGAACAAUGUAAAAGAAACGCUAGUGUGUAGAGCCUCUAUAUAUAAAAUGAAAAAAAAAAUGUGAGAGUAAGAUUUAAUGAUUUUUUUGUGAUAGAAUAAUAAUAAUGUUGUUUUCACUCAAUAUUGUCACUGUUUUCGUGAUGAUAAACUAUGUUCUUCUGUGUCUAUGUGUAUGCUUUGUAUUUAAAAAGAGGUUAUCUAUUACUUAUCUUGCACAAAAUUCUAGCGAAAUGUUGUUAUGGUAAAACUAUUGUUGUUGGAUUUUGGUAGUUUAUUUAUAAGUAAUUAAGAUUCAAUUAUUUAUAAUGUUUUAGUUUGGGAUCUGGUUGUAGUUAAGCUAUAAAUAAUUAGGAAGUCGGAUAUAUGUACCUAAUAGUUUAUGUGUAAUUGAUAUUUACCAAACCGGAAAAAUCAUAAUUGUUAACAUUUUGGUUAUUAACUUAGAGCGAAAGGCAAUGUAUACUAAGCAAAUGCAGAUUAAAAAUCUAUAGUUUGUCAAUGUGCUGUAUAUCAAAAAAAUACAUAUUAUUUCGUAAUUCCUAAAGCAUUUUGAGUAUGUUCAUCUGGUUCCUUGUACUUAGGAAAAUGAAAUCUGUGCCCAAAAAAAAAUCAUUUUCAUCACAUCAAAAAUGAAAACAUAUCUUUAGAUGUAUCAGUGGAUAGCAUGGGUAGUUUCUAUUUGUUCUAAGUACGGAAUGCUGAACUGCCUAGUAUGGAAGAAUUGAAAAGUUCGGCUUUUUAAUCAAAAUAUGAAGUUUAGAUUAAUUUGGCGCCUUUUAUUUUUAAUUUCCUUACCCAACUUUACUGUAGAGCCAACAUAUUUUGACAAUGACUAACACUUUAAAAUUAAUUAAAAUAUAUUUUGUCAUACAAAUACAUUUCUCCAUACUCUUCAUAGUUAUAUGGAAACUGACGUCACGUCACAGACAAUAUAAAUUCUAUAUUCAUCUGCAGACAAUAAUUCAAAAUAUUUUAUAGAAUACACAUAUCAACACUUUAAAAAUCAUAUACAAAAGCACCUGAAAAUUAAAUUACUCAUAUUAAAUUUUAACAAUCUAGAUUUCAUUUUCAGAUUUCUAUUCUAUACAAAACUAGUUUUUUAUUUAAUAGCUGUCUUUUUUUGAUGACGUCACUUUUCAUCCAACAAAUUGGAACUGCCAUUUAACAAUGUAAAGUGUAAAAAAAAAAAAACAUUUUUUCCUAGUCAUGGAAGCUAACAUGUGUAAUAAAAUAUGAGUUUUCUGAUCGAUGGUUUUUAAUAAGUGUAUAUAUGGGAUAACAUUAUUUGUUUAAAUCAUUAUAAAGAUGUUUAAUGUUUUACAAAAUUUGCUUACCUGUUAGCUCCAUUGAUUCUUUACCAAAGAACAAAUUCUGAUUAUGUUAAAUUAUUACUAUUGUAUUGCUUGCAAAAAAUGCUACGAGUAGGUUGUAUUUUAAAAUUCAUAAUUAUUUAUUUCGUACACUGCAAAAUAGUCAGUUAGUAUAUUAAGGGCCAGUUUCACCAUCUUCUGAUAAGUGUCGUUUUUUUUAUCACAUGUCACAAGUAUUGAAAUGAUAAAAUGAAUACACUAAGAGCCACAUUUUUCAUUUUAUAAAAAUUUUAUAAAAACACAUUCAUCAUUUUAUAAAAACUGAAAGUUUGUCAGCUCAAGUUCCUACCAUUGAUAAGUACUAUUAGACCGUGGUAACUUUGGGAGGUAGCAUGUUUUAAGAGUAUAGGGUAUAUUAUAGGGUAAGGAGGUAGACUGUCAACCCGCUAAAUAUAAAGUGCCCCUUCCCCUCGACAAAUGACAGACAAUUUCGUUGAUGAACUUGAGAACAGUACUGGUCCACUUUUAAUUGUUCUGAGGCUGGUUUCGAUAUAUUUUUCACUGCCUUAAGGCCUAGUUCGGACAACUUUAGCAUUUUAGCCGAGCACGAACAAUUUUUGGAUUUACCGCCCAAAAAUCGUUCGUACUGGACUAAAAUACUAAAGUAGUCCGAACUAGGCGUAUGCGCGCUAUAGACUUGACGAUAGGUACGGUACACUUGACCGUGUGUGGCUGACGUUAGACUGUCCGACACUUAUCAGACGGUGGUUAAACCGACGCUUAUUAUUUUGUGUUGUGUUUGUUAAAAAUAUAUUUGUAUGCAUUACCUAAUAUAUUCUUUUAAUUUCCAGCCAAUAAUUUUAUAUGUAUAAAUAAUGCAUACUUCAGUUAUAGUUGACAUAAUUAUAUUAAUUAUCAUAAUUUUAUCAUCUUUAUAAAAUAUAUGUACUUAUUAGAUUAGGAUUAUAUAAAAUUAAAAACUAUUGGUUACCCCAAUCUAUCUGUAGUAUUGGUCGAUAAGUUUCAAUGUGUAAAAGAAUAAACAAAUAUAUAUUUCAUAUUA